CCCAUCACCGCACCAGCGUCCCAUCUGUCCGACACCGGGCAGCGUUGCUCUUUUUUGGAUCGCGGCUCUCAUUAAAGCGAGCCCCUUUCGCCACUGUCCAGAGUACUGUGUUUUCCUUGCUGUAAUUCCUCGUUGGAUACGCCGCCAAGAUGAACGCCCCGGAUCGUUUCGAGCUCUUCUUGCUCAGCGAGGGCGAGAAGAAGAUUGAGGAGAAGGUGUACUCUGGCAUGUCAAACACGUCCGACUUUAUCCUGAACAAGGAGGACCACACUCUGGGCAACCUGCUCUCGGAGCACCUGAAGCUGCACCCCAAUGUCUACAUGGCUGGUUAUAAGCUCGGCCACCCCAACGUACCACAGCUGUUCAUUCGGCUGCAGACCGACGGCACCAAGACGCCGCGCGAGGUCUUUUGCGCCGUAUGCGAGAAGCUCAUCAACCAGCUCGAGUCGCUGCACCAAGAGUUUACGCGCGAGUGGGAGCUGCGCCGCAUCACAAACGUCGGCGAGCAGGGCAACAUGCAAACAAACGGCCACUGAGCGGACGGACACCAGGGUAAAAAGGCGAUUGGCGUUGGGAUACCACCAUUUAUACUAAGCUUGCAUUGUGUCACAAUAGGGAUCAAAAGGUAGACUCCAUGACGAGACGUGUUUCUUGAC